CCGAGGGGGAUUACAAAACUACAGGAAGAAAGUCUGCAUUCAUAUUUUCACAUCACAGAGAUAACAUGAAAACCAGAAAAGAGAAAACAUACAGAGCCAUAAAGUACACGUUAUUUGUGUGUUGCUACAUCUUCUGGGUAUUCAGUGCUGUUUUAAUCGCUGUAGGAAUCUACGCAAAAAUUGCCAAAGAAACAGAUGUGGUAGACACAUUGAUCGCAGAUCCAGCGCUGUUAUUGAUCAUUGUGGGCUCUCUUAUGUUUACCAUCACCUUCUUUGGGUGUUUUGGAGCUCUGCGUAACAUCUCAGUGCUUCUGAACACAUUUGUAGGAAUUGUGUUGGGCAUUCUUCUGCUUCAAAUAACUGUUGCUAUGCUGUGCCUUAUCUUCACUGACAAGGUUCAAGACAGAACGGAGCAGCUGAUGAUGAAGGCGAUAGUGCGCUAUCGAGACGAUGAGGACUUAGAAAAUGUUAUUGAUUUUGCACAGAAAAAGUUCCAAUGCUGUGGGGUGAAUUCACAUUCUGACUGGUCUAAAAACAUAUAUUUCAACCUCUCUGACCAUAACCCCAGUCUGGAGGCCGGCGGCGUGCCCUUCUCCUGCUGUAAAUGGCUGAAGAAUGAGACUGUGUUUAACUCCAUGUGCGGCUAUGAGACUCAGAAGAUGAAGAUAAAUGCAGCUGUUCGUAUCAUCUACACCAUCGGCUGUUUAGAUAAGAUCAUAUGGUGGGGAAAACAGAACCUUCUGCUGGUGGGAGGGAUGACUCUCGUACUUCUUUUCCUCGAGAUAUGUAUGAUGUCACUUGCUGUGGUACAGCUCCGUCAAAUCAAAAGUGUUCAAAAGAAAGAGAGGAAAACCAGAAAAAGAAGCCAAAACCUUUGCUGCAAUAGCAAGCAAACUUGACUGUUUAUUUUCUACUUUUAUGAACCCAUCUGCCCCUUUGCGCUUGCAAUAAGACUUAAUGAUUGUGCCACAUUUGAAAUAACAAUAUAACACUUUUUCAAUUGUAAAUAUACUCUUUAAAUAUACUGUGAGUUACCAAACUAAAACUGUGAUUACAGAAAAUAUAAAAAUAAAUAAAACUUUCAUUA